AGCAAUUUGCAUCUGGCAACCGUGGCUGGACGUGCAGUUGUCCUGACAAUGGGCGAUGGCUCAUAUUUUGAGUGGGGUAGUCCGUAUAAACAACUGGACCUCUACCCUUCAGACCGAACAAUUUGCCUUGCUUCUUGCACUGAAAUGUGUUCGACUUAUUUGACUUCAGUGUUUGGUACUAGUAUGGGAGGAGUUGGAUUUGUUCUUGGAUGCAAUUACUGGCAAUCUGAGAACCUCAUCUUCAGAACUGUGGGUGCAGAUAGUUUACUAGUGAUGGCAUAUGGAUAGACAGUGAUGGAUAGUGAUGGCAGUAAAUUCUGUUUACUGCCAUCACCCUCAUUCUAUUUGACACUCAGAUUAUGGGCAGUGUAAUCAUCAUGGCACUUCACCAUGGAAUGAAGCAGCUUGAUCUGGAGGAGUUGUUAACCCUAAGUGUAGGCGCUCCAAUGCUGUUAGCCUGGGCAGUCAUUGCAUACCUGGGGUUACGUCUAGAGAGUAACUACUUCUUCACAGUUGCAGUGAUGUUGAGUCCGGGCCAUGUAGCAUUUAUUUUGCUUGCUCUAACGCAGACUGCACUCAGCAAAGAAGAAAACCUCAUCGCUGAGUGCCGGUAUGCUGCCAGCGCAGGAAGUCUAAUUGUACACAUAGUCUUGAUUUACCUCAUGGUCCGAUGUUAUCGAAACUUUGGAUUAGGACUAAAAGAAAAAGUAUACCCGCGGCAGACCACCACCACUGGAGUGCAAAGCAGUCUGGUUCAGUAAUCGUGUGACACAAAAUAGUUGUAUCAGUAUACUUACACUAGUCCUUCAAGUGACUUAUUUUACUUAUCAAAGUUAUAGCUCUUAAGAAUAGAUAUUUUAUUAUAUAAGCAAGGCCAAAGAUUAUGGAAAACUGUAAGAGAAGUAAUAUGCAGCAAUAGAAUGCCUAAGUCAUGUGGAAUAAAUGUUGAUAUUUUUGUUUUGUUAUAAUGCUCAAGUUCGAGUGAUAGUAAUAUAUAUAUGUAUUUUAGAUGUUUGAAUGAUAAGUUUCAGAAUAUAUUUACACAGUUGUUAAGGAGUGAGCAAUUGCUUACACAGAUCAAGAA